AUGAUCGCGCUAUAUUACAUUGUGCUUGUACUCUGUGUGUCUGCUGUAUUUUCAACUAAAGUAAAACAGCAAGACAAUGAAAAGACUAAAGUGGAAAAAUAUAUUGAUGGAAAAUUGCCUCAAAUCAAUCAAAGAUAUUGGCUCCAUUAUCAUGUAGCGCCGCCAGUAGGCUGGAUGAACGAUCCGAAUGGAUUCUCAUACUUCAAGAACGAAUAUCAUCUAUUUUAUCAGUUCUACCCUUACAAAAGUGAAUGGGGCCCCAUGCAUUGGGGCCAUAGCUCUAGUCGUGAUCUAGUGAAUUGGGAUAGACUUCCAACAGCAUUACUCCCGGAGAAAGAACAAUGCUUCUCAGGUAGCGCAGUGCAAGAUGGAGACCAACUUGUUCUUAUGUACACCGCUCAUAAAAUAAUCAAUGGUACCAACAAUCCUCCUUUAUACAACGAAUCUCAGUAUUUGGCAUAUAGUAAAGAUGGAGUGAAUUUUGAGAAAUAUUCUGGAAACCCGGUGAUGCCUAUUUCACCUAACAGAUCACCCGAUUUUCGAGAUCCAAAAGUUUGGAAGCACGGUGACUACUGGUAUGUUGUGAUUGGCAGUAAAAGUGAUGAAAAUAGAGGCAGAGUACUUCUUUACAGAUCGAAGGAUAUGAAAAACUGGGUAUUCUUAUCCGUCCUUGGAGAGUCUAAGGCUGACAGCAAUAUGGGGUAUAUGUGGGAGUGUCCUGAUUUUUUUGAGUUAGAUGGCAAGUUUGUCCUUCUAAUGUCCCCACAAGGUAUGAAACCUGUAGGCGAUAGAUACAAGAAUACAUUCCAAACAGGCUAUAUUACGGGAAAUUUCAGUUACGACACUUUUAAAUUUCUGCCUGAAGGUGAAUUCCAAGAGCUCGACUACGGACAUGACUUUUAUGCUACACAAACCAUGGAAAAGGAUGGCACGAGAUAUAUGGUUGCAUGGUUUGGUAUGUGGGAAGUGGAACACCCUGAGGCUGUGGAUGGUUGGAGUGGAGCGAUGACUAUUAUCAGGGAGCUAAAGCUUGUGGGUAAUAGGAUUUUGAUGAAACCAGUCAAUGCAAUGAAUACAUUGAGAGAUAGAACUAUUUUAUCCGGUAACAUGACUUCGGGACAAGUGCUUGAGUCCGACAAAACUGCCGAGAUCAUCAUAAACGGUAACUUAUCACAAAAAAUUGAACUGUUAGUUGAAGGUAAAAGGGGCGGUGGUAAGGCGUGGAUAAGAUGGGAUCCUUCUGUGGGUAAGGUUGUCGUAGAUCGAGGUUCAAACGAUUCACGCCAAGUGGAGUGGGUUCCUAUAGGAUCCAAUUCUUGGAGACUCUUCUUGGAUACCAGUUCGUUGGAACUCUUCUGUGGGGAAGGUGAAGUGGUUUUCAGCAGUAGAAUUUACCCCAAUGACCCUUGGAAAGUGACAAAUUUGAGCCCUCAAACUUUAAUCGUGCAGGCUUAUCACCUGAAGAGGAGUGUCCCUUAUUAUAAAAGUUCAUCUACGAGGAAUAUCCAACAAGCUGUUACUCUAGCACUAACCAUUGCAAUUCUAGUAUUACAUCAAAGCUAA